GUGAAAGAUGGCGGCUGCGAACACGGACUCAAGAGGAUCCGGAGAUCAAAUCAAAGCCAUAUUACGCCGCUGUAGAGGUCGACCAAGGCUGACGGACGCGGAUCGGGCUCAGCGGCGACUGGAGUCGCGGAAGAAGUACGAUGUUCGGCGGGUUUAUCUGGGAGAAGCGCAUCAGUUCUGGAGCGAGUUGCGCCGACGCACGAGCCUGAGCGACGCGGGGCUCGCGGAGUAUUUAAUCAUGUUAAAUUCAGCAUACGGAGAUAAAUACCAAGAGAAAUACGGCAAGAGUAAAAACCUACCUGAACAAUGCAACAGUCAUCGGAAAGGGAAGAAGGUGUCUGCCACCAGUUUGCAGAAUUUAAUGAGCUGGUAUCAAGGGCACUGCCAGUCAUGCCCCCAUGAGCCUGAACUGCGGGCAGUGGAGCCAACAGUGGGUUUGUCCACAUCUGCACUUUGGCAGUGUGUGUCUGGUCAUUCGUUUGUGCAGUACCUCCCCUGGCCUGCAGGGGCCGACUCUGAGUCAGAAGUGGAAGACGACAAUAAUGAGAAAGAUGAUGGCGUUCCUGAGAAGAAAUCUGCUCUCUGUGAGAAUAUCAAGAGGAGGAAGACACUACAAAACCAAAAGGAAUUGCAAGAUGCAGUCGAUGAGCUGGAAAGUGACGCUGAACAAUCUUCUCCAAUGGCUCAUCAGAUGACAUGCACAUCACUCAGUGACCUCCCAGGAGCCCCUGCAGCCCACAGGAGCCCCUCUUCCGAGCGCAGUUUGGGAAACCAUGCCGUGUGGGCGAUGGAGGUGCUCAUGGACCAACAAGCACAAGCCGCCAUAGCCGAGUCCGACGGGAAGGCCUCAACUCGGGUUGCGUCAAGAGACGCCAACCCUGUCCUGAAGCAGGCGGACGGGUCGAGACCUUUAGAGAAGGCGGAAAGUUAUGAGUGCGUGGUUGUCACGACACCCUUGACGGACAAGCGAGAAAGGGAGGAUGUGGCCGAUCAUUCUCAAGAAGGUGUGAGGGAGGCGAUCAUGCACUCAAUUGAUCAAGACAUGACGCACACGCCGUUGGCGGCCGCCGAAACCCAGAGCGAGCUGUAUGAGACUCAGGAUCUACAGAAGGUGAUGGACGGCUGUGAGCUGCCAGACCAGCGCUCCACACUGGAAGGGUCACAACUGAUCAUAAUUACAGGUCCCAGUUACGAGGCUCUGACGUCUGAGAGCAUUCAGCUGAACGUGGGUGGUGGCGACGUGGAGGAGGUCACUUGUACUGUGAUCGGGGACAUGACGUAUAAUCACAUGUGCCAGUCAGGAGUGACCUCAGGUCCCAACACAGUCACAGAUAUGGGUGAUAAGCAGUUGUUUGAAUCCAGUGAAGAAACACACUGUCCGAAGGAGCUUCAGAGAUCUUUGAAUAGGACUAAGAAGAGCCGAAGGGGUCCAGUAAUUGAGGCAGAUGGCAUGCUGAAGAUGUUCCACUGCCCAUAUGAAGGAUGCAGUCAGGUGUACGUGGCCAUCAGCAGUUUCCAGAAUCAUGUGAACCUAGUACACAGGAAGGGUCGGACCAAAGUCUGUCCACAUCCAGGCUGUGGGAAAAAGUUUUAUCUGUCCAAUCACCUUCACCGUCACAUGAUCAUACACUCAGGAGUGCGAGACUUUAUCUGUGAAACAUGUGGCAAAUCCUUCAAACGCAAGAAUCAUUUAGAGGUGCACAGACGAACACACACUGGAGAGACGCCGUUACAAUGUGAGAUAUGUGGGUAUCAGUGUCGACAGCGAGCGUCACUCAACUGGCACAUGAGGAAACACACAUCUGAAGCGCACUUCAACUACACAUGCGAGCACUGCGGCAAACGUUUCGAGAAACUUGAUAGUGUCAAGUUCCACAAACUCAAGAGCCAUCCAGACAAACAAGCACCUGAGGAGAGAAUGAUUGACUCUUAAAGAAAAAAGACUUGAGUAUGUGCACAGUUUUAUUAAGGCUAAACUUGAACGAAGAGUUUCUUUUAUCUGUUAUAGCAUUUGUGUACUUUGUGUAAUUUUUGAAAAACCUUUAGGGUCUGGUAUUGGCCUAAAAAUGUUUAAAUGCUUGCUGAAUCAUAGAAAAGAGUAUGAAUGGACAUGGAACUUUACUGUGCUGGACGCAGAAAUUGGAAACACAGAUUCUACUUUUUCUGACA